AAAACUCCCAGAUACAACAAAAAUUCCGAAAAAGGAAACAACAAAAAUAAUUACGGAAACCGCCUACGAACCCUAGAAGCCCAGAUACAACAACUCCAAUUUCUGCUCUUUAUUAAUCUUCGAAUUCGAUCGAUUCGGUACCAGUUCAAGACGAGGUUAGGGUUUCCAGAGAUGGUGGCGGGAGCGGAGGUGGUUCAUCAGAGCAUCUCGGUGCUCGAUGUGAAGUGUCGAUGCGUUGUGAGAGGGAUCGAGGAGGUCGUCGACGUCACGGCGGCGGCGGAUUCGCCGCCUCCGUCGCGGGAGAUCAUCGGUGCUGCAUCCGAGCUGGUUCUGAGAGCCUCAGAUGCAGCGGCAGAUGUUUUGUUGGAGCCUAUCGAGUUUAUACCUAGCAUCCGGUCUGGUAGUUUCUCUGACAUUGGUCCUCGGAGAUACAUGGAAGAUGAACACAUUUGCAUUGAUGAUCUCUCUGCUCAUCUUGGCUCUCCCUUCACAUGCCCAACACCCAGUGCCUUCUAUGGGGUUUUUGAUGGCCAUGGAGGUCCGGACGCAGCAGCUUACAUCAAGAGACAUGCCAUCAGGUUAUUCUUCGAAGAUCCUGACUUCCCGCAAGCAUCAGAAGCUGAUAAAGUCUUUGUAGAAUCAGUUGAGAGUUCCAUCCGGAGGACAUUCUUUCUCGCUGAUCAUGCUUUGGCUGAUGAUUGCACCAUUAGCACUUCAUCUGGGACCACGGCACUCACAGCAUUGGUUUUUGGAAGGCUUCUAUUAGUAGCAAAUGCUGGAGAUUGUCGAGCAGUUCUAUGUCGAAAAGGCACAGCAAUCGAGAUGUCACAAGACCACAGGCCAAUCUACACCCCAGAGCGUGAGCGUGUCGAAUCCUCUGGUGGUUAUAUUGAUGAUGGCUAUCUCAACGGAGUCCUCUCAGUAAGCCGAGCUCUAGGAGACUGGGACGUGAAACUCCCUCGAGGCUCAUCCUCUCCCUUAAUCUCCGAACCUGAGUUUAAGCAAACAUUACUAACUGACGACGACGAGUUCCUAAUCAUUGGAUGUGAUGGGAUUUGGGAUGUCAUGUCGAGCCAACAUGCAGUGAGCAUAGUUCGUAGGGGUUUAAGAAGGCAUGAUAAUCCCGAGCAAUGUGCGAGGGAGUUGGUGAUGGAGGCGUUGACGCUUAAUACUUUUGACAAUCUGACGGUGAUCGUGGUUUGCUUUUCUUCAGAGAUCGGUGAUGAGUCAUUGAGUUCUGACCGGCCCUUGGACCAUCAGCGGAAGGGCUUGCCGGGGCUGAGGUGCUGUAGUUUGUCAACAGAGGCAUUGUGUAACUUGAAGAGCUGGUUGGAUAAUGUUGAUAAUGGUGGGAACUGAGGAGUUUGAUGAUGAUGAAAAAUAAUUUCUACUUAAUAAUAUAUGUUCGAGAAACGGGGUUUGGUUAGUCCCGAUAUAUGCUUGGCUGGCGUGUUGCUGAUGGUGGGAACUGAGAAGCUUGUUGAUGAUGAUGAUGAUGAAAAGCGUUCUAUGUAAAUAAUUGAUGGUCAGAGUGAAGAGGGGGUUGGUGCGUCCGUGUCUACACUUAGCCGGGGCCGGUGUGUUACUGAUACGACCCAUUUGGAUCUUCAUUGUCUAAAUUAUUAGCAUAUUUGGAACACAGUUGGUGGCUUGGACUGUGCCACAUUAAUAACGCACCAACUAAAUGCCCGGAGGGGCAGUCGCCCGCGGGGAUUGGCUUGCACCUAUACAUUCUUGGCUGGUAUGUUGCUGACAUGACACAUUAGACCUUUACGAUCUGAAUCAUCAAGAACAAUCCAGAGCAUAGCUGGUGGCUUGGAUUACAUCACUUUAGUAAGGCACCAGCUAUUAAGUGUUUGGAGGGGUGCAGCUACCCUUAAUUACUCUUUAUGGUUGGAUGAUUCGGUGGCUGAUGGUUUGGGCAGCUGCCAGCAGUUUUGUAGGGUUCUAUAUUUGGGGGCAGUUGGGAAGUGUUUGUAUAUACAUCAGCGGUGUUGGAGAGCGGAUGUGCUGGCGUGUUAUAUUAUUAUUAUUAUUUCAGCUAUUGUUAUGAUUCAUUGUUUUGAGGUGAUCAGCAUGUAAUUCUGGAUGUAUUUGUCUCUUUUUUUUAAUUUAAAUUUAAAUAUCAGUUUCCACUUGUUUAUC